AUGCAUCGGCUGAUAAUCUAUGCCGACGGCGCCUACCUCCCUGACCGUGGCACGGCUGGAAUCGGCGCCUUUUUCCAAAACACCGCCACGCGGCCACUCUCCCAGCGACUUCCAGGCCACCAAUCGUGUGCGCGCGCGGAGAUCCUUGCCAUGCGUGUUGCGCUCGACAGGAUGGCGGCGGAGCUGCCCGGGAGGGUGGCUGGGGAUGCUGGGUGUGAGAUAUGGGUGUGUUCGGAUAGCAGGUAUGCGGUGGAUGGGAUUAAUGUGUAUAUGGAGACGUGGGAAUCGUCGGGUUGGGUGACGGCGAAGGGACGGCCAAUUGCUAAUCGGAGUGCGUUUUUGGACCUGCGAGAGGCCACACGGAGGCUGGCGAAGAGCGGGUAUACGGUCUUUAUCCACCACUUGCCUGCUCACGCUGGUAUUAGAGGAAAUGACAUUGCGGAUAUGCUGGCAAAGGCCGGAGCUCUGCUGUAG